GUAUAAAAGCAAAAGGGUAUUGAAUAACUUAUCAUACAUCAAUUGGAUAACUACAGAACUGUACAAUGAAGUUUUUGGCUUUUCUGACUCUUCUUCUGAUUGGUGAAGCACUUGCACACCCCACCAUAGUUAAGAAAUAUGGAAGUAAUAAUAAUGAAGAAUCUGAAAGUUAUGGAAAUGAAGAAAGUUACGGUGCAGAAAACGAUAAAAGUAAUGAAGGAAAAGAAUAUCAGAUCUUAGGAAUGUAUGAUGAAGGUUUAGAAAACAGUUAUAUGAAAGACGAACAAGCUAUGUCCAAUGGAUACUCGAAGACACAAACCAAUGAAAACCAAGAUACAAGUUAUGGCAAUGGGGGUGACAAAACUGGCAUUAGUUAUGGUACUGAAAUGGGAAAUAGCAAUGGAUAUGGCUCUGGUGCUGGUAUGAGCAGCGGAACUAGCAAUGGAUAUGGUAUGGGAGCUGGCUUAGGUAGCGGAACUGGGAGUGGCAACGGAUAUGGUAUGGGUACUGGUCUAGGUAGCGGAAUGGGCUAUGGUGCUGGAUUAGGAAGCGGAACUGGCAAUGGAAAAGGAUAUGGUAUGGGAGCUGGUUCAGGCAGUGGAACUGGGAGUGGUAGUGGAUAUGGUAUGGGUGCUGGUUUAGGUAGUGGAAGUGGCUAUGGUGCUGGAUUAGGAAGCGGAACUGGCAAUGGAAACGGAUAUGGUAUGGGAGCUGGUUUAGGCAGUGGAACUGGGAGUGGUAGCGGAUAUGGUAUGGGUGCUGGUUCAGGUAGUGGAAGUGGCUAUGGUGCUGGUUUAGGCAGUGGAAGUGGCUAUGGUGCUGGUUUAGGAAGCGGAUCUGGCAGUGGAAAGGGAUAUGGUAUGGGAGCUGGCUUAGGAAGUGGAACUGGCAAUGGUAACGGAUAUGGAGCUGGUAUGGGUAAUGGAGGAAAUGGCAAAAAUAUGAAUGGUUAUGGUAGUGAAAACUCAUAUUCCAAGGGAAAUGAAAAAGGUUCAAUGCAGAAGUAUAUGGAAAUGCAAUCAUUCGUCAGCUAUCCUAAAAACUAUGAAAAAGAAUCCAGCAAUGAUUACAAUCAGAACAUGAAUGGUGGAUACACUAGCUUCGAAGAAAAUAAAAAUGGAAACCAAAAGGAAGGCAACAUUAUUAUUGUACCAAUUAUCAAGCAUGUACCUGUAAUAAAACAUGUUCCAGUUGUAGAAUACAUAAAAGUAGUGAAAAAAGAUAACAAUGAAGGAAAGAAACAGAAAAGUAAUGGCUCCCAAGGAUACAGCAACGGAAAAAAUAAAAAUCAAGAUUUCUCGUCUCAAGGCUAUAUGAGGAGAGGAGACAAUAGUCACAUUUGGAUGACUAAAGAAAGUAUGAAUAACAAUCAAGGAGCAUGGUCCAAAUCAGAUGGAAAAUCCCUAAAAUAUAAUAUGUGAGAAAAAGUUAUGGAAUGAAAUGAUGGGAAAGGAAACCAUGAAUAAUUAUGUCACAACUUCUUGUAAAGUCAUCAAUCGUAUCAGAAUUGUAUUGGAAAUUGCAAUUGUUUCGGAAAGCAGUUUAUUUUAUUCCAUUGUAUAUAUAUUCUUGUAAUUAGUUCGUAUUUAUUUAGUAAGUUUCUUAAACAUUUUACAUUUAAAAAGUUUGGUAGAAUUUAUCAUUUUUCCUUUGAUUAUUAUUCAGUUUGACUUCAGUUCUUUAUAUUGUUACCAAACAAGUAUCAUUAUAAUGAUAAAUAUUUAUUUAUAGUGCUUUUCUCUAUUAAAGAAAAACAACACUAUGGGCAUUCUGAAAAUCAGGAACUAUUGUGAA